UGCCAAACGUUGUGUAUUUGCUGACGUCUGCUGUGGUAAUCAAUUCUGGCUCUUUUAACAUAUUCAAUUAGAAUUCUAUGGCCGAUUAGUUAUGGACAUCAAUGAAUAUAAAUUAUACAACGAUUUAUCGCUGUUGGGAGAAGUGACUGAAAAUAACUACGACAAUAAUGUUGUAAACGACAUUCUGAACUCAUCAGCAUUCUACAAUGAUACAUCGUUAGAUCUAAGUGAAUUAAUACCUGACCUUCAAAAAGAAGCCUUUGGAUUGCAUUUCUCGUCAAACACAUUAACUUCAGAAUUUAGCUUGAAUACAAUGACUUCAAGUUCCGCGAUUUCUUGUUUGAAACAAAUUCCUUCAGCGUGUUCUGGUGAAUUUAAAAGAAAUGUAAAUGACAAUAAUUUUCAAUUGGAUCUUAGGAACAGUAGACAUGAUUAUCCUGAGCCUAGUUCCUAUCCCACGAGAAGCUUAAAUCGUUCAAAUGUAAACGGUUCUUCUAACGAAUUUCUGGAAGAAACGCUCUAUCCACUCCUAGUCGAUUCAGAUAAGAUUGAUCCAUUUUUUGAACCUGCUAAAGUUCGGAGCCCCAACAAAGAAUUCAACAGCACAAUUUCUAAUCUAUCAGAUAUCAAAAACGAAAUUAAGGAAACUUCCCAGGACUUGGGUUUUACUUCAUAUCACAUUUCAAGGAAUAAUUCAACUUUAACCAAAAGCUUGCCAAUGAAUACGAAGCUGAACCCAGAUAAUCAAGUUCCAAAAACAGUUUUACCUUUGGCACAUGAUUACAAAGGGCUUUUGCCAACAGAGAAAUGUAACGGAGAAAGGACCUUAAAAAAAAAUUGUUAUGUCGGGACUAAUAUCGUUAUUAAAAAAAAAAAUUCAACUUUUAUACAAUCAUUGAAAGAAAGCACUACAUCACAUAAAAUGGAUGAUAAGAUCUACAAAAAAUAUCAACGUAUGAUUAAGAACCGGGAGUCUGCUUCUUUAUCACGCAAAAAAAGAAAGGAGUAUGUUGUUUCAUUAGAGACUCGAAUAAAUAAACUUGAAAAAGAAUGCGAUUCCCUAAAAGCUGAAAAUAUCACAUUACGAGAUCAGCUAUUUAUGUUUGCCACCUCUUGCCAGUGUGAAUCUGGAAAUGCAAAUGGUAUUUUACAUAACUGUUUAGGAUCUGAACGAAGCGAAAAUAAAAACGGAAGAUUUACAUCGAAGGCAAAGCAUUGCAAUAAAAAUAAUACUACGGCAACCAUUAAAAAAAAUGUUGCUAUAUUAUUUGCUAUGGCUUUUGUGGUAUCUCUAAACGCUGGAAAUUUUCAAAAAUAUCUCAACAUGCCAAAUAAUUUGGAAGGUGGGAGUGAGAUUGAGCCUGUCGGAAAACAAUUAAGCAUUUCCAAUCGACGGUUACUAUGGGCUGAUUCAGAGGAGGAAUAUAACGAAAAAACCAAUCUAAGUACAUUUCUUUCAGACAAACAGAAAGAACCGUCUCUAUAUUUUUUAAGUUCUGGUAUACGCAAUCAAAAAAUUAAUUCCUUGGACAACAUUGCCAAAAAUGUAUCUCAUACUUACUCAUAUAAUGAACCUCCACCCUUAACAUAUUUAAGUACACGAAACUGUAUAAACAGGUGCAGGUCCCUUAAUGGUUCUUCCAAUCAAUCAAAAUACUUUAUGCUCGCUCAAAAUUUACAUAAAUGGAUUAGCGGCACUUUAAACAUAUCCAAUUUUUCAAAGGAAAAAGAGGACUCAAGUGGUUUUGAAUUUUUUAAUAAUUAUUUUGAGGAAAAACGUGACAUACACAUCAAACACGAAAAGCAAAAAAUGUUUAUUGAUUUAAAUGAUUAUACAUCUGUUUUGCCAGAAAAACGGCGAAAACUGAACAAUACGAAAUCCUUUGAAAAUAUGCGCGAACAAAUAAAUGUAAUUAGUAAAAUCAAGAGAAGGGAUGAUACUUUUUACGUAUUUUCAUUUAAUAUGGAUCACGCACUACUUCCAGCAUUAAGUUACAACAGUAGUUAUCGUCCAAAAUUGUCGUUGGUACUUCCCUUAGAAAAUCCGGGAAUUAACGGUAAAAUGAAAAUGAUUCAGGUAGACUGUGAAGUAUUUAAUACAAAAGACUUUGAAGUUAGCCAUCAUUUGCUUCCAGCUAAACUGCGUCAAAACAUCAGUACACGGAAGCCCAACAAGCUAAAUAUAAAAAAAGCUAGUACUGAAACGCCAGUUAGCAAGACCCAAAGAGUUCGUAAUUUUUACAAGGUUGGCUCUAGAAAUCAAGCUACCGUCGCAUCUAGUUUUAAUAAGGAAACAAAGUUUAACAACAACUAACUAUCAGCCUUAUCUUGUUGUACAGUAUCACAUGUAUUUAUACCCGUAACUCGUGGAGCAAAAGGGUAUUUUAGAUUUAUUAAAAAGUGUGUAGCAGGUUAAAGAAUUCUUUUCCGACCUUUGAAAGUGUACAUAUUCUUACACCCGUUACUCUUAGAGUAAAAGGGUAUACUAGACUCGUUGACAAAUAUCUAACAGGCAGAAGGAAGCGUUUCCGACUAUAUAAAGUAUUAUAUUCUUGAUCAGGAUCAAGAGCCGAGUCGAUCAAACCAUGUCCGACUGUCCGUAUGAUCGUCGAGGUAUCAGGAACUAUAAAAGCUAGAAGGUUGAGAUUCAGCAUUUAGAUUAUAGAGACAAAGACGCAGCGCAAGUUUGUUGACUCAGGUUGCCACGCCCACAAACUGCACAAAACUUCCACGCCCACACGUUUGGACCAAUAUUCGAUUUUUUUUUCUAAUGUUAUAGGACUUGUAAAUUUCUAUCGAUUUGCCAAAAAACUUUGAAACUAUGAAA